UUUACAUUGCCAAACCGGCAGGGAAACGAAACCUACUAUUGUUCCUGGUGCAGCAGCAGUUUCCAUUUUGAAAUCACCGAAGCGAAAACGCUGUCGAACUCAAUUCCACUAUCUAAGACAAGAAGGAAAUGUCCUCCGGGGGGCGGCCGAUAAGGGUGCUGAACGUGGCGGAGAAGCCGUCGGUGGCGAAGGCGGUGGCAGGGAUACUCUCCCAAGGCGGCGGGAUGAGGGUGAGGGAGGGGCGAUCGAGGUUCAACAAGAUCUUCGAGUUCGGCUACACCAUCAGGGGGCAGCAGUGCCAGAUGCUUUUCACCUCCGUCACCGGCCACCUCAUGGAGCUCGACUUCGACGACCGAUACCGCAAGUGGCACUCGUGCGACCCCAUACAACUCUACCGCGCCCCGGUCGUCAAGUACGUACCCGAGGACAAGUUGGACAUAAAGAGGACGUUGGAGGAGGAGUCUAGGAACUGCCAGUGGCUUGUCUUGUGGCUGGACUGCGAUAGGGAAGGGGAAAACAUUGCGUUUGAGGUUGUUGAAGUUUGUACACAAGCCAAUCGCCACCUCAAUGUCUGGAGGGCUCGUUUCUCUGCCUUAAUUGAUAGGGAUAUCCGUGAAUCUGUGGAAGCUCUUGUUCGACCUAAUCAAUUGUUUGCCGAUGCUGUAGACGUUAGGCAAGAAAUAGAUCUCCGCAUUGGUGCUUCAUUCACUAGGUUUCAAACUAUGCUGUUGAGGGAUGCAUUUCAUCUUGAUUUUGCUAGAGAUAACAGGAAUGUUGUUCUAAGUUAUGGCCCUUGUCAGUUCCCGACACUAGGCUUUAUUGUGGAACGGUAUUGGGAGAUUCAAUCGCACGAGCCUGAAGAAUUCUGGACGAUCAACUGCACUCACAACUCGGAUGAAGGCAUUGCUACCUUCAAUUGGAUGCGUGGCCACAUGUUUGACUAUACUUGCGCAGUGAUAAUCUAUGAAAUGUGCAUACAGGAACCCGCUGCAACUGUCGCAAAAGUUAGACAACAGGAGAAACUGAAGUAUCCUCCCCAUCCUUUAAGUACAAUCGAGCUUGAGAAACGUGCCUCGCGUUACUUCCGGAUAAGUUCUGAGCAAACCAUGAAGGUGGCGGAAGACCUCUACCAAGCUGGUUUCAUCAGUUACCCUCGUACAGAGACUGAUUGCUUUUCACAGAGGACUGAUUUGCGUGCGAUUGUGCAAGAACAACAAGGGCAUCCUGUAUGGGGUUCAUAUGCUCAACGACUAUUGGACCCUGGAGAAGGACUUUGGAGAAACCCUAGUGGUGGUGGCCACGAUGACAAAGCGCAUCCUCCCAUCCACCCGACUAAGUUUUCUAGUGGAGAAUCUAGAUGGAGUCAGGAUCACCAUAGAUUGUAUGAGCUGGUUGUUCGCCAUUUCCUGGCCUGUGUUUCCAAACCAGCGGUAGGAGCUGAAACUACAGUUGAGGUUGAUAUUGCCGGUGAAUUGUUUUCUGCAUCUGGGAGAGUAAUACUCGAAAAAAAUUACUUGGACGUGUACAGGUUCGAAUCUUGGGGAGGUUCGAUGAUCCCUACAUAUACUUUUGGGCAACAGUUUGCCCCGACAACAUUGACUCUUGAUUCAGGAGUUACCAGGCCACCAACGCUUUUAAGUGAAGCCGAUUUGCUUAAUUCUAUGGACAAGGCAGGCAUUGGGACAGAUGCCACAAUGCAUGACCACAUUAAAAAGCUGCUUGAUCGAUGUUAUGCCACCAAGGACUCCAACACUCGCUUUUCACCGACCAAUCUUGGUGAGGCGCUGGUAAUGGGAUAUGAUGACAUGGGUUAUGAACUUUGGAAACCAUAUCUUCGAGCUAUGAUGGAGAGUGACAUGAAAUUAGUUAGCAUGGGGGCAAAGAGAAAAGCUGAAGUACUGGAAACAUGCUUGGAGCAGAUGAAAGCUUGCUUCCUAGAUGCACGGUCGAAUAAAGCAAAAUUAUUUGAAGCCAUGGAAGUUUUCUUUGAAAGAUCUGGUAGAUCAGGUGCAGAUGAGCAGCAAGCAGGUGGAGAUAUCACUAGGCGAUGUGGUGUUUGCCAGGAAUCAGACAUGGUGCUUAGAAGGAAACCGGAUGGAAAUUUCAUGGUUGGGUGCUUGGGCUUUCCACAAUGUAGGAAUGUUGUCUGGCUUCCUGGAUCCGUAGCUGAAGCUGCAGUUACCACUAAUACUUGCAGCAUAUGCACUCCAGGCCCUGUUUUCAUGAUUCAGUUUAAGUUUCGACGGCUGGAGAUACCACAUAACUACAAUGUCGACCAUUUAGGUUGCAUUGGUGGCUGUGAUGAUAUUCUGAAGCAGUUGGUAGAAAUUUGUGGAACCGGUUCCCGCAGUACUUCAACCAUACCUUCAAGAGCAGGACCCACUACAACCUCCAGCAGUAACCAGCAACGUAAUCCAAGGCAGAUUGCUUGCACCCAUUGCAUGCAAUAUGGACAUUCUUCAAAUGUCUGCCCGUCGCAAGUUUCUCACUCUUCUAUGGCUCGGUCUCAGGGUGUGAACCAACAGAAUGGAGAUUCUUCCGUUCCUUGUGAAACAUGUGGCUCGGCAUGUUUUUUGCGGACUGCUAAUACUGCAAAUAACAGGGGAAGAAAGUUUUAUUCUUGUCAAUCACAGGGGUGCAACUUCUUCGUAUGGGAGGAUAACCUGAGCAACAAUAAUGGGGGUAGAAGAGCGGAACCAGCAAAUGUAGGGAGGAUUGGGCAUGGCAGGGGAGGCCGGAGCGGACGUGCUGCUGCUGACACAACAUUCAUGUCGGCAACAGGUGACCCCGUAUCUGGUAGACGGUGUUAUGUAUGUGGUGAUCCAUCCCACUUUGCGAAUGUUUGUCCCAGUCGUGGUAUGUGAGUGAUGUCCCUCAAUUGGGCCAUCUUUCUUUCCAGCUCAUUUUUCAUAGAUUAUGGGAUGGAGGGACAAUCUAGUGUCUUUUUCUUAUUUUUAUUCCAGUGCAAAGUGAUACCAAGUAGUUAGUCUAGAAGAUCCUAUAUUUCGUCUAAUAUUGUGUAUUUCAUUCAAUACUUCUUUGUUCGAUUUUUUUUUUCUUAUCUUGUUUU